AUGGAUUUUAAUAACCGUUUGAAAAGGGAAAUUAAGAGGGCUGAGGAGUUUGAUACAGCUGGACUGGGUAUCAUCAGUUAUUACCUGAGACUAUACGUUGUUGAGGUUCUCUUAAAGAGGGAAGAUAGAACAGCUGAGCAGACACAUUUAGCGUCUGAUAUAUUAGAUCGUAUAGAGAGUUUUAAACAAUCGAUCAAUGAACUUUCAGAUGACUCCCGUGAGAAAGAGACAUUAUUUACACUUGUAAAUGAUGAUAUGAGGGCAAAGACAUAUGUGACAAAUUUCACAAUGUCCUUAUAUAAUCAACAACUGGUACGAGUUCAGAAGGGACCAUGGGAUCGAGAUCUUGUUGGUGCAUUGUGGUGUUGUAUUGAUUUAUUCAAUUGUAUUAUACAUCUUUGGUCUAAUGAUGAUGAAAGCCGACAAGCUAUAACGAAACGUAUUAAGUUUUGUAAAAUUUACAUCAGUAAGAUCGUAAAGGGAGAUAUUGGUUCACAAGAUACUAUUGUAUCGGACGAAAAUGACAAAGAAGAGAACAAUAUACAAUUACAUAGAGGAGGAGAAGAAGAAGAAGAAGAAGAAGAAGAAGAAGAAAGCAAAGAACCAACUAAGGAUUUGAACGUUACACCUGAGGACAAAUUUGUAAACGACAACGAGGAUUCUUCAAGUAUAAAGGUCGAUACGAACGAAAUCAAUUAUUCUCUUGAUACACCAGAACAGGAAGAUACUACAAAUGUACCUGUUGAUGAUUUUGCAUCAUUAUCUCUGAAUGAACAACCUGAACCUACAUUUGUUGAUUCUGAUUCUGAAAUCGAACAAAACCGUGACGAAGAUGAAGAAAGGAAAAUAAAACAUACAACUCAAGAAUUAAAUGGAAUGAUGGAUCGUUCUGAAAAGAUUGAACAAGCACAAAAAUAUGCAAAAUAUGCAAUUAGUGCAUUAAAUUAUGAAGAUAUAGGAACUGCUAAAGAUGAACUAACCAAAGCAAUGAAACUAUUAGAAACGUUAUUGUAA